AUGACCACCCGUUCUAUCGGCCAGUCCGCGAUGAACAUGCUUCCACGUACGAUCCUCGCUCUGAUCCUGCACGGCCUCGCGGCCACCUGUUCCGCCACUGUUCUGCGCGAACCUUCCUACGGCGAUGCUUCGAUAACGAUAGAUUGCAGUUUAGGAGGGAGUUACGGGGAUUGUGCUGCGAGGAAGAUGAAGGAAGUUCGGAAUGGGACUGAUCAGAGUGUGGCUAGGGUGGCUAGGAUGAGUGGGGACGAAGAAUUGGAUGAUGGAAGUGUUGGAGAAAUGGAUGAAACUGCACGGAGGAAGAAGGGCAAAGGAUACGGCCAGAUGUUGCUGUACUUCCUAGGUGCUUCGAAAUUAACGAUGCUUUACGUGGUAAUGAACGCCGUCACCGCGAUUGCUGGAAAAGCUCUGGUUGUCGCCAAAGUUGCACUGGCCAUUGCUACAGCUCUAGCACUGAAGAAAGCCACUGAGCAAAAGGAGAAUGUGUCGUAUGAGAUAAUCAAGCAUCCUCACUACAGCCAGGAGAACACGCAUACUUCCAGCGUCGACUUCGAUCCUCACGGUGGCUACGAGAACGAUUACCGCUACCGGAAACGUAGAACGCAUCAUUAG